AUGAAGAAAAAUACUCUGGUCCACGAAUUUUCUUUUCGAAUCAAUUUAAAUUCUUAUCAGAACAAAUUAACCUACCGGUUUAAAGUAAAUAAUGCUUACGUCCAAGUCUGUCAACAAUUUUUUGUAAAGACUGUGGAUAUUUCUGACAAAAAAGUCAGAAUUAUGAUGGAUAAAGAAAAAAGAAGUACUUCUGGAUCAUUGUUGCCUGAUCGGCGUGGGCAUCAUGAACCAGUGAAUAAACUGUCUGGGGAAGAUGUUAAUCGGAUUCGACAGCAUUUAUCUCUGUUGCCAAAAGUUCCUACGCAUUGGUGCCGACGAGACAGCUCCAAAGUUUACUUGGAAAGAAUCAAAACAAAACAGGCAAUUUAUGAAUUGUAUGUUGCUUAUGCAAUUGAAAACAAUUUUCGGCAAGUCAGUGAUACUCGAUAUUUUGGUGAGCUGGAGCAAUUAAAUAUCGGUUUUCAUCAACCGAGAAAAGAUAUGUGCUGGUGUACGCGUUUCGACAACAUUUCAGAUGAAGAAAAAGCUGAGAAACAAGCAGAAUAUGAUCUCCAUAUCCGGAGAAAAAAUGCUGCUUGA